GCCAAAUACUUUUGCAAGGCACUGUAUAUUCAUUUAGAAGUCAUGUUAAACUAUACAAAUUAAAAAUUAGAAUGGAUCUUUAAAUCUUUUUUUUUUUAAAAACGCAUUUGCAAGGUGUGGUGGCUUUUGUUUUGGUGUGGCGGCCCGCCACGAUAAUUACUGUGUAGGGGAAACGCUGGAGAGGACUAUGGUUGUUCUGCAAGUCACCAUUGAUAGAUGGACAAAGAUGUAUUUGGAUUUUAUAAAAUAAUUUUGUAUGAAUGAAGUAAAAUUUGAUCAUUUCACAGCACCCUGGUUGUGAGUCGCUAAGAUCUUUCAUCGCACAUUACUUGUUGGUGACCAAUAAAUAACAUUUUCCCAACAUAACUGGGUGGUCAUGAACUUAGACAAUGUUUACUUGUUUAGUCUUAUAAAAGCACAGCCUAUUGGCUAACUGUGGAUGGUGUUUGUUGAGGAAAGCCUUUGUCAGCUGAUUUUACUUGAUUCUGUGUGCCAACGAAGGUUCAAUAGCAUAUGAUCAUAGCACAUCGCUGUGUACAUAUUGUGCAUGUGUUUGAGUGUUUAUCGCAAAAUUCAGUUCAUGUGCUUAAUCUUCAGCUCAUCCCCUCAUUCAUUCUCAUCCUCUUCACUUACAGCCCUAAUCCUGUCAUCCCUCACUCUUUCUUUUCACUCAGCCCCUUUAUCCAUUUAUCUCUUCAUCCUGUUAUCUGUCGCUCACAUCCACUGGUCCAUUGUCCUUGCCCCCACUCUGGACAACUCCCUCCCGAUGCUCCUUUCCCCCACCAACUCCUACUCUGAGCCCGCCCUUACUCAUUCCCUCUGGACUCAGUUCCAGCCAGACUCAGCAGAUGUCUAAAAGCUUGGCAUCAGGGAUUCUUUCCGCAGUGCUUCUUACCUUGCACAUGGUGCACGUGCAGAAAAUUGCAUUCUCCUCUCUGCAACAAUACGCUGUUUGGAUAUGUGGAGCCACGUCUAGAAUAAUCAUACAUACAUAGCAUUAUAAUAAAGAUAAUUAUAAGGUUUGUGUUUAUAGUCGUGGCAUUCACUCCUUAUUGCAAGACUUCCAACUAUGUUUUGAAGGCAGCGGCUGUAGAAGAUGGAGAACUUGGAUCUUACCCACAAAGCUUGGUCUUUUCAGAUUGCCCUAGUAGCUAGCUACUGCUGUUCUUUUUGGAGCCGAAGAGCUGUCAUGCAAUAAAUAAAUCAUCUAAAAAAGCUGCAAUGCAGUGGGGGUCGCCUUCUGUACUCUCACACCAGUCUGAAUUGAAGAAAGCCUUUUCUUCACUCCCGUUUCCUUUUCACUCAGGGACUGGGAACACUGCAGUGAAUCCUUUCUGAUUCAAACCCAGUGAAGAUUUAGCUGGCUUCAUGGAUAUUCUAUUCGAUUGGAGAGACUGAGACUGAGAAGGAGGUGAAGUUUAAAAGAGAGGCGGGAACUGGGGAAGAGCAGGACGUGUAACGUGAGCGAGUGAAUGAUAGACAGACACAGAAAAGGGCGAGAGAGCAAUAGGAGGAGAGGAGAGACUGACUGUCAGGAAGGCAAAGACGCUUAGGCCUGAAGGGAUCAGAGCAGCAGAGCAGGCUGGUGAGACGCCGAAAAAGAGCCAGACAGUGACAGGCAGUUGAGGCUUGUUUGGAAGAAGCGACACAGCAAGGGAAGGGAGGAGUUGACGAGGGAGAAUUUGAAUGUGCAUGACGGAUGCGGACUGAAGACGUUGUCAGCUCAUGGUCGUGGAGCCCAGGCCGAAGAGCGGAGGAGCAGGGAGGGGGGAAGAGACGUACCAGGAAAAAGAGACAAGAAAGACCGUGAAAGUGGAGAGCUGGCCAAGAUUUGUUGUACCAGAUCAGACCAUGAUGGGGGUCUACUACCAAACCACACUUCUGGGGUCUCAGGAUUCAACAGGCGCACAGGAUGGUUUGGUGGCCCCACCCUUCUCAGCGUUCCCUCCUCCACCCCCUCCCCAGAAUGGGAUAGCCGGGACAGAAUUUGGCUCGGGGGCUAUGUUUGGCGCAGGGGGUCAAGGUACAGCUGAGGUAGGCGCUGGUGCUAAUGCGGACACCACCAGUACCACCAUCAACAACAAUGGUAAGACUGAGGAAACAUCCCAGGGGGAGACGGCUGUCCAGUGUGGUAUGGGAGGACCAGCAGCAGGAGGAUCUGGUGGAGAUUCGCCAGAGGCCAAAGGAACCCCCAAACGCCUCCAUGUUUCAAACAUCCCAUUCCGCUUCCGUGACCCGGAUCUCAGACAGAUGUUUGGGCAAUAUGGAAAGAUUCUGGACGUGGAAAUAAUUUUCAAUGAGAGAGGCUCAAAGGGUUUUGGCUUUGUGACAUUUGAGACCAGCGCAGAUGCAGAAAAAGCCCGUGAAAAGCUCCAUGGCACAUUGGUGGAAGGUCGUAAGAUUGAGGUGAAUAAUGCCACUGCCAGGGUGAUGACUAACAAGAAAAUGGUCAGCCCCUACCCUAAUGGAGAGGCUCUGAGCACGCUGCCUUAUGCAGGGUGGAAAUUGAGCCCAAUGGUUGGGGCUGUGUAUGGACCAGAGCUCUAUGCAGUUCCAGGUUUCCCCUAUCCUUCAGCAGCUGCAGCAGCCACGACAGCUGCAGCAGCUGCUGCAUUCCGUGGUGCCCACCUUCGGGGUCGGGGCAGACCUGUCUACAGCGCGGUGCGGGCAGCUGUGCCUCAGGCAGCUAUCCCUGCAUACCCUGGCGUGGUGUAUCAGGAUGGGUUUUACGGCGCUGCAGACUUAUAUGGAGGCUAUCCUGCUGCUGCCGCCGCAGCCGCCGCCGCCGCUUAUCGGUACACUCAGCCCGCGGCUGUUACCGGAGCAACCGCAGCUGCUGCCGCAUACAGUGACAGUUAUGGCCGAGUUUACACGACAGAUCCGUACCACGCUUUAGCCCCAGCUGCCGCUGCGUAUGGCGUGGGAGCCAUGGCCAGUUUAUACAGGGCAGGAUACAGUAGGUUUGCGCCAUACUAAAGCCACAAAUUCCACCCAGGGAAUUUCAUGUCCCUCCAGAAGCCUUUUUUUAAGCUCUUUGUUUGGCAGACGUACCCAUCAAUCUUUUUGCUGGUGGACUAGAGUGACAUCCCCCCAUUUUUCCCCCCUCCUUUUUUUUAUUGGCAGGAAAGCUCGUUGCCACAUCACCAAGUCCCUUUUUUGUCUGUCUGACAAGGAUCUAUUGAAAAAAGCUCUCGGCACAAUUUAUGACCGCAACUUUUUAGAAACACUAUUGGAUCUGGAGAAAAGAGACUAAUUUGAUCCGCCACACGACACUACACCUUUUUCUCUAAAUCCUCUGUAAACCCACGCUCAAGUCUCUGCGCCCUUCAGUGAUUGAGCUGCCACAAGAUAAGCAUUACUACUACAAUAGAUUCUAAAACAUAACAGUGACGAAAAGCAACGGCCUACUGCAUUUGUUAUGAACAUGGGAGCAUCUGACUGACAGGAACCACUACAGUCCAAGAAACCAAUACCAUGGAAAACACUCGAUUUUCCGUGGAAUCCCCAACACAUCUACUCGCCCAUGGGUGCAAGUUUGAAAAAAAAAAAAAUCAAUAUAUAUAUAUGUGUGUGUGUUUUAAAAAAAAAAAAAAAAAAGUUUGGUUCUGUAUUACCUCAGUAUUUUGUUGAUCUGCUACAGUUUUUGUUGCCAUACUUAUUUAACAUGCCUUUAUUUCUGGUCCUCUUCAUUUCAUGAAGAAAAUGAGCCAGUUGGAAUCUUUUCAGUGGACUAUCAAGGAGGAAGCUUGCUCUUUUGCCUCCACCCCAAAUAAUGGACACCUUUGAUUUCCUCUCUGUCAGACUUUGUAGCUCCAACAGUAAUGCAGUGACUAAAGCAAACAGAUGAAUGAGAAGAAAUAGAACCAUUACCGUAAGAGAUUUCCUAUACAAGACAUGCAUUUUUGGCCUAUAAAUUUAGUCCAUCCGCUUGCUGCUGGUCUGAUAAAAUAAACAAUUAUAAUGUUUAUGUACAUUCAGGACACAGUCAAUUUUGGAAGGAUUUCUUUUUGUUUAUUUUCUUCUAUCUUGUCUGGCACCACUCUGAUUUGCUUUUUUUUUUUGUUUUUGAGGAGGCCUGCCUAAGUCUCUGUACCAUGUAAUCGACCUCCAUUUACUCGCACUAUGUUAUUGUUAUUAUUUGCCUUUGUUGGUUCCAAAGAUUUUUUUUGUUGUUGUUAUUGUUGAAGAAAGCACAUUUUAGACUUGAUAUUUUGGUGGUUUUGCCUGUACUUGACUAUUAUGUAUUUUUUAAUCUCUAGUUUUCAGCUGUUUUUUAAGAGGCUGAAACAGUCCAGUUUAGUGCGCAAGACACAUUUCAAAUGUUUGCAGCACUUUUGGGAACCUACAAUUCCAACUGUUCAUAGAAUGUUUGAUCACUUGGUGAUGGAUUGCUCCCCUCCCCAAUAUUCAAACUGUUUGGAUCAAUCAAGAGAUGAUCAAUCAAGAGAUGACUGACUUGGAACAUGUUCAGCUUUUUGAAAUUGCCAAACCUAGAGGCUUUUGGAACAGGGCUAUGUUUCCAAUUUGGAACAAUGGAACAUUAUGUGGAUGUAAACUGGGUAAUAUUGAGGUGAAGAUGAUUAAUCCUGCAGUUGACAGGACACCAUUUUUCUUUCCGGAGUUGCUCAUAGAGCAGCACCUUGUGAGGAUGUUUUGUAUGAUUGUGACACAGUGUGCUGUAGUGAGUAUUUCUCGUGCGCUCUUUUUUUUUUUUUUUUGUCUUAUUACUCCUUAAAAGUAUUACCACAAGUGUUGCUAUGCAUGCUUUCCUGAGGGAGGACAGAUGUCACAGAUUUUUUCCUUUUUGCAUGAAUUCAAAUCUUAGUGCUGGAAGAUGACAAGGGGGAGGACCGCAAAGUCUUUUUCCAGCAUAGUGGGAUGAGGGAGCAUUAUCUGGAUGUUUCCCAAUAAGAGGUGAGGGAGGGAAGUGAGAAAAAUCCGAGCCCAGAGCUGAUUUCAGUCUGCUUUAAUAAUCUGUCUGAUUUUGGCCAAAUGCCUCUCACUGCGUCUUGUUAAUCAGCAGUCAUAUCAGAUAUGUAGGAAGUUUAAUUUGGAAUGUCCCCCUGUGGGUUUCCUUUUGUAAUAAGUGAUAACAAUGCUAAGGCAGACCCUCUGUGGUGCACUUCAAAAUUUUGCCUGUCAGUGGGGGAAAAAAAAGAUGGAAAAAAAAAAAAAGUUCAUGAUACUUUUAUCAGCUUUUUCACUAGAGGGGAUCUUAUUUGAAUGACUAAGGUGGGGGGAAAACUGUGUAAUUUGAAUGACAGAAGCCAACUUUCCACAAAGCUGGUCCACAACUCUGACCCCACAGUCCUUGCACGGUACUGGCAUCAAACUGCUUGCUGGAAUAUCAUGACUAGGGAUGAAGGAAGUGGGUAUGAAUUGCAUGUGGCCUCUUUUCUGUAUCACAUGCUAUUUAAAAUUGCAUUUGACAAAGUGACUUUUCAUUUCAUUAUGUAUUUUCUCACAAUGUUUUAUUUUGCCAUCCUUGUAUCUGCUUUGUUUAUUCUCCAUUAUUAUUGAAUGUAUAUAAUAAAACUGUUUGGUUUUUAUA